AUGGCACCAAGUCCGAGAAGACGUUCGAGGUCGAGAAGCAGAAGCAGGAGCCGAAGUGCGUCCCCAGCUAAAGCAGCAAUGCCAAAGUCUGCGAAGAAAAGCCCAAAGAAGAAGGUAGCAAAAAAACCAGCUUCAAGCCCGAAAAAGCGUUCGAGGUCUCGCAGUAGGACAAGAAGCAGAAGCCGAAGCGGUUCUCCAUCUAAGGCAGCUAAGCCAAAGAAGGCAAAGAGUCCUAAGAAAAAAGCAGCCAAGAAGCCAUCAAAAGGAGGAGCUAAGAAGCCCACGACUCUAUCGAUGGUCGUUGCAGCUAUCAAAGCAAUGAAGGACAGGAAAGGUUCAUCUGUUCCGGCAAUCAGAAAAUACAUCAUGGCUAACUUCAGCAAGUACCUAACUGCCAGCAGGGUGACAUCAUCUGUUAGGAUUGCUUUGGCACGUGGACUAAAGACCGGGGCACUGGUAAGACCCAAGGGAUCUACUGCUACUGGAGCAACCGGGCGCUUCAGGGCUGGAAAGGCAGCGCCAAAGAAGGUUAAGAAACCAAAGAAGAAGACUCCAAAGAAGAAGAAAGCUAAGAAGCCAAAGAAGGCAAAGAAGGUUACCAAGAAAACUAAAAAACCCAAAAAAGUUAAGAAGGCAAAGAAAGCGAAGUCAUCUAAGAAAGCAAAGAAGGUCACCAAGAAAACUAAACCCAAAAAGGUAGCGAAGUCAUCUAAGAAAGCAAAGAAGCCUGCGGCCAAGAAAGCGAAGAAGCCAGUCAAAAAAUCUGCUUAG